AUGGACUAUGAGCUCGAGAUGGGGUAUUUCGUUAGCAAGCCAAUACCUUAUGGCGAGCCGAUGCCGAUCGAGGAAGCCAAAGACCACAUCUUUGGUUUUGUUCUGUUGAACGACUGGUCUGCCAGAGACCAUCAGCUCUUUGAGAUGCGGCCUCUUGGUCCUUUCCACUCAAAAGGAUUUGGCACGAGCAUAAGCAACUGGAUCACGCCGAUGGAGGCUCUGGAACCCUUUUCCUGCCCUCCCAACACCAAACAAGACCCACCUCCCUUCAAGCAUCUCACUUGGCCUACACCAGAAGACGCCGCACUCAAUGUGAGGCUUCGUAUCAAGCUCAUUAGAGAUGGCCAGGAAAAGACAGUCGGCCGCAGCAAUCUCAAAUACAUGUACUGGACGCCGUACCAGCAGUUGACCCACCACGCAAGGUCAGGAUGUGGUAUGAUGCCAGGAGAUCUCAUCGGUACUGGGACUAUCUCUGGGAGCGGAACAAACGAGAAAGGCGAGAAGGCUGAGCUUGGAUGUCUCUUCGAGGCUGCGCAAACAAAGACACAGGUUCUGCCGAAGGGUAGCGGACAGUAUGAGGAAGGUUAUCUUGAGGAUGGCGACGAGGUCAUUCUGGAAGGCUGGUGUGAGGACCAGAACGGAAAGCCUGUGCUUGGGUUUGGAGAGUGCAGAGGUCGCAUCGUCGCUCCGAAGUAG